CGGGAGGAGGAGGAGGAGCGGCGGCGGGUUCAGGGCAGAGGGUCAAAGGGCGCUCCGCCCGUCGCUCGGCGACGCUCCCUCGUCUCGGUCGAGGUGUCAGUGUCGGUCACCCGCAGCCGCCAUCCGAGCAGAGGCGCGUCCAUGCGCGGGUGUCGGUGCGGGGCUGGCGCCGCCAUGAAUGAGGGGCUGUUGGGGAAAGGCUGAGCGCGGGCGGCAGCGGUAAACAACCAAGCUGCAGACUGUAACUGGAGAAUGUCUUUAAAUGAGAAUUCCACACCUUUGCUGGACAAUAAAAAGCCUCCCGAUGAGAAGCUGUCCAAAGUAAAGCAUUUUCCAGGCCGUUUCCCCCUCUUUGAUAGGAGUGAAAAGAUUGCAAUCACAAGAAGCGACAGUUGUACAGAUGAAAGUGUGUUAAAAAUAACCAUCACCGAGACAACAGUGAUCGAAUCCAACUCUGGCAUUUGGAGUGUCAGGGCCAUGAUGUACCUCGGCCUCUGGUUUUUUUUCAGUUUCUGCACACUAUUCCUCAACAAAUACAUCCUGACUUUGUUGGAACGAGAGCCAGGAAUGCUAGGUGCUGUCCAGAUACUUACAACCACUAUAAUUGGUUGUUUCAAAAUGUAUGUUCCCUGUUGUUUAUAUCAGUAUAAAACCAGAAUGGAAUAUCCACCAAACUUUCUCAUGAUUAUGUUCUUUGUGGGAUUAAUGAGGUUUACUACUGUAGUUCUGGGGCUUGUAAGUCUAAAGAAUAUCGCUGUUUCAUUCGCAGAAACUGUAAAAAGUUCAGCACCAAUUUUUACUGUCAUUAUGUCCAGACUUAUUCUGGGAGAAUACACAGGUUUAUGGGUUAACUUGUCUUUAAUGCCUAUAAUGGGUGGAUUGGCAUUGUGUACUGUCACAGAAAUCAACUUUAACAUGCUUGGCUUCUCAGCUGCCCUGUCCACCAAUAUCAUGGACUGUUUACAGAAUGUUUUCUCUAAGAAAUUGCUCAGUGGAGACAAAUAUAAGUUCUCACCACCAGAACUGCAGUUUUACACCAGCGCUGCUGCAGUGGUGAUGUUAAUUCCAGCAUGGAUUUUUCUCAUGGAUGUUCCAGUCCUUGGAAGUAGUGAACACACAUUUAGUUUUAAUCAAGACGUUGUGGUUCUUCUCCUUAUUGAUGGAAUCUUAUUUCAUAUUCAGAGUGUGACUGCAUAUGCUUUAAUGGGAAAGAUAUCACCUGUUACUUUCAGUGUUGCCAGUACGGUGAAACAUGCCCUUUCGAUCUGGCUCAGUGUUAUCAUCUUCAGCAACAAGAUCACCACCUACUCAGCCUUCGGGACUGCUUUAGUCAUCAUUGGAGUAUUUCUGUACAACCGGGCGCGUCAGUACCAACAACAGAAAAUCCAAGCUUUGAUAUCUUAUAACAAUAAAGGGCGGGAAGAUCAGCCACUGUUGAAUGAGGACCUGCAACAACCUGAGAAGUAAACGUGUUCUAAGAUUUCACAAGUGAAACGUGUGGCUCUGAAACCUGGAAGCAUCGAUCGUAAGACUGAUGUGCGCACGACUGCAUUUUACUCAGCUAAUGAUUUUCCAUUGACUGCAACGUUAACUUUUUCCAAUGUAUUUUUUGCUUAUUUUAAAAAUACGAAAGUUAACGUGAAACUUAAUUAUGAGCUUUUAAAUGAAUUUUCUCCCCAUUGUUGUUUAAAAUUAUUAAUGAUUUUAUAUAUUAAUAUACUUUUUCAUCAAGCACCCUGAAUUUUGCUUCAACUGUAAAGGUAUAUGUAAUCAUUGAAUCUAUUCCUCAGGGUUCACUUAUCCACUGUUUCUGUCAUAUGCUGAGCUUUUGCCAGUGGAGGAAGUGUGUACAUUAUUGUGGCAUUUCAAGGAUCAUUUGAAUUUAGUAUUUUCCAUGGUUGUUGGCAUCUUGGACUGAGCAUUUUACAUGAAACAGUAAAUUCUUGUUUACUGUGUAAAUCUAAACUCAGAGUGAAAGUUUGAAUAUGAUGUCAUUAUCAUUUAGAAAACUGUUUUGUGUGAGUGCGCCUGUAGAUAAACCUCAGUUAAGAUCCCAUUAAAGAGUGCUGCUUUACCUAGGCAAGCAGCUACUCUACAGGCAGCUGACGAUGCUCUUACUAUUUCAAUUAUCUUACUGAUAGAGGUUACUUGAACAUUUACUAGUUGAAACCUAGAUUCCUCCCAAAUGCACUUUAAAAUAAAUUGUAAACCACUAUUUUCCAAACCCAUCUACCUUUAUCACCUUUGAAUAUUGGUAACAUCUCUAAUUGUGUUUGGCUAGAUUCUUUUUAAUUCAUUUAAUCUAGAACAGUAUCAUGAAUUCAAAAUGGAGACAUCUGAUAAUGAGAAUUAAUUCCAAGGCUCAUUUGAUUAAUUCCCUGGAUUUAGUGUGGGAGUCUUCUCUGUUCUAUUAAACUUGCAGAAAACUAAAAUUAUGUUAGAUUUUGCACAAAGGGAUAUGUUAUAUCCUCACUUAAGAACAUUGAAUGAUUAAGAUCUCCAUUAUUGAUCAAGAUCACAUUAUGUAUUUGUAAAACAACUUGGAUCUAUCAGUGAUCUACCAUAUUGUAUUUUUCGUGUGUUUGAUUAAAAUAACUGACCAUAA